AUGGCCUGGCUGGCCCACUCCGCCGGACUCUGCUGGCCCUGUCUAUAUAAGUUCAGGGGUGCAAAUUCUCUACAAUGGGGAUAUGUACUUGAUGAUACCUGGAAUGAAGUCAGGGAAAAUUUGGGGGGACAUGUACUAACCAACAUCAAGGAUUUAACAGAUAUGAAAGAGUGUGUCAGGCAUUGGUUGUACAACCACAGUGGUAAUAAAGAGCCUAGGAACAAGGUUGCUGGGCAUGUAAAGUAUUUAGGUCAGAACCAAGUGCUCAAUGGAGUGAAAAAAAAGGAGGUGGAGAAGAGGAUGUGGGACCUUUACGGAGUGAAGCCAGGGCAGUCAGGCUAUAUUGGUAAACUGCAGAGUGUCCUGAAGGUGAUGUUGACUGAGCUCAGCAAGGAGGAGCUAGCUGAAUUAAAAGAGAAGCAUAAUGAGUGGUAUAUUGAUGGGCCAUCAGAGGGAGCAAGACAAAAGUGA